GCUCAGAGAGAAAGGCUAAAGUCCUCUGGAGGAUGUGGCUGCAGAACCUGCUUCUCCUGGGCACUGUGGUCUGCAGCAUCUCCGCACCCACCCGCCCACCCAGCCCUGUCACCCGGCCUUGGCAGCAUGUGGAUGCCAUCAAGGAGGCCCUGAGCCUUCUGAACGAGAGUAAUGAUACUGAUGCUGUGAUGAAUGAAACAGUAGAAGUCGUCUCUGAAAUGUUUGAGCCCCAGGAGCCGACAUGCCUGCAGACUCGCCUGGGGCUGUACAGGCAGGGCCUGCGGGGCAGCCUCACUUCGCUCAAGAGCCCUUUGACCUUGAUGGCCAGCCACUACAAGCAGCACUGCCCCCCGACUGAGGUGAGUGGCCACAUCAGGUCCCCAAGCAGGAAGGUCUCAUUCUAGGAGGGUGGAGGGAUGGUCAGGGAGAGAACUCUGGCUGUGGGUGUUCAGGACCCCAGAGGGUUUCUGUGUCAGCAGGUUUGCAGCGACUAGCCCCUCCAGUGAGGGAGCAGCCCAGCCCAUUUUCAACUCCAGGAGUUAAAGCCCUGGAGCUCCAGAGCCUACAGCGCUCCCUAGCGGGAGCUGCUACUAGACCUGUCACUGCUGUCCUUACCGUUAACGCGGUCAGAGGUGAGGCAAAUACAAGGAAACUCACGCCCUGCCUAACUAAGGCCCAGAGGAAGUUCCGGGGCCCAAGUGUCACCUUCCAAAAGGACUUUCCUCUGGCUCCUCAUAGAGUGCCUGGGUUGCCUGGGAGCAAGGACAGAGGCUUACCUGGAAUGGGAAAAGGCCCCAAACAUUCCUUUUCUGUGGGAGAAGAGUGACCUCUGUGGCUUUGAUUCCUGCCCCUUCUGGGCUCCUGGAGACGGCCCGGGCCCAGCUACCCUGCCCUGGCCUAGGACAAAGAGGCGAUGGUGGCCCAGUUACCUAGCAGACCAGCCUCUAGCUGGCACUUUACCAGGCCCCUGGUCCCAGCUGCCAUUGGGAGAGCUGUGCACCUGACCCAGUUAGCAGGUAAACGCCAGACAGGCCCUCUGGCCUCUUGAGUUCUAAGAGGCAGCACAAAAGCAUGCUGGUGCUUCUUCCACGUUACCCACUCACGCCUGGACUCAAGUUUCUUUCUUUCUUUCUUUCUUUCUUUUUUUUUUAAAGGAAACUCCAUGUGAAACCGAGAUUAUUACCUUCAAAAGCUUCAAAGAGAAUCUGAAAAAUUUUCUUUUUACCAUCCCUUUUGACUGCUGGGAGCCAGUCCAGAAGUGAAGCAGGCCAGAUCAGCCAGAAGUCAGCUUGGGAGCUUACCUCACAGACUGCUGCCCUCCUACCCACAAAGAGCCAAACAAAACUCAGGAUCUUCACCUUGGAGGGACCACAGUGGGGGCCAGGGCUGUAGGGGCCACAGAUUGCUCUGGGUCAUGUCGACCCCGAUACAGCCAUGGUAGGGGAAUGGGAGCUGUCGUACACUGGCAGGGAUCAGUAAUAUUUAUUUAUAUAUUUAUGUAUUUUAAUAUUUAUUUAUUUAUUUAUUUAAGCUCACACUCCAUAUUUAUUUCAAGAUGUUUUACAUAAUAAUAAAUUAUUAAAAAUCUGUUCUUACUUGUGCAGUUUUACAGUUUGUUUUCAACCAUAAGCAAAUGCUGGAGAUGCUCCUCCCUCAACAGGGCAGGGAGAGGAGGAAGCUGGGAGUUGGGGGAGGAGGCAGAGGCCUGCAGCCAGUCGGGGCAGUUGGAGGGGCAGUGCUGUCAGAGCACACAGGUGGUGAGAAUAGGCCUGUGUGUAGCGUUCUGCACAUCUGAACAUGCUUCCCUGGAUGCUCAAGGGUUCCUACCCCAGAGAGAGGUUUCCAGGUUCACUUGGAAGUCCAAGUAACCCAGCCAGGGGGAAGCUUGCUCCAGAAAAGGGGCAUCGUCCUUCUUGGGCAGGUAGGGGAUUCCUGGGGCUUGGCUGGUCAUUGUUGAAUGGGCCUGUCCUAGCAUCAAGCAAAACACCUGUGCCCCUCAGAGGCCUAGAACUGUGGCUGGGCCUUGCCCCUCACACUCCAGGCUUCAACCACUCCCAGCAUGAACAAGCAGAUAGACUAGCUGUUCAGGGAAAAAGAAACCAAACCACAGGGGUCAGAGCUCAGCAUAUUUACCAAACUUUCCCCAAAAUGGGUGAUCUUAAUCUUUUGAGAGUCAGAAUGUAAGUUCAAAAUUUGUUAAUAUAUGGCUCUAGUGUGGCAUUUUUUGAGCUGGUUUUUGUUUUCACAUGAAAUUUCACAUGCAAUGUGGCGCUUUCCCCCCAAAUUCAUGUCCUUCAGGCUGAGAAAACAGCAGCUCUCCUUCUUCCCCUUGCUUUGCCAGUAAGGCCAGAGCUCUUGUUCCUGAACCCAUCCUCCUGCGUCCCUCCUGGGGUCUGUGAGGAAGUAAGUAUGUCCCUAAGUGUCAAGAGGGCAGUGAGGCCAGGCUUCUCCUUGAUGGGUGGGGCAGGGGAAGCUCGCUUGGUACCGCUUUAGCUCCUGCCUGGCUUUUUCCACCCCACUUGCUCUCUCUGCUCUGGCCAUCACCUGCAGACAGUGCCAGUCCUGGCCAAAGACCUGCCCCAUAUAUAGGCAGAAAGAUCAUGAACUGAGAUGUGAUUAUGAAUAAAAAUUCUUAGACCAAGUCUGAAUUUCAGCAAAGACAAAAAUCCACUAAGAGUGCUGUAGUCAUAGAAAAACAUAUCUUGCCCAGAGAUAAGGUAGGUCCUUUCUGUCUUC